UUAUCUGAACUCCAAUAAGAUUUAAUCCUUCAGAGGAUUUUUGAGAGAAGUAGAGAAAGAAAAGAUAAAGAGGAAAAACAGAGUCGUUUCUGGUACAAAUUAGGUCUAAAGAUGGCGUCUUUAGCUCAACAAUUCUCAGGAUUAAGAUGCCCACCACUUUCUUCUUCUCAUCUAACAAAACCCUUUUCUUCAAAACCCCAGAAAACCACCUUUUCACCCAUAGUUUCAGCAGCUGUCAUUUCUAAUGCACAAACUAAAGAAAGACAUAGACUUAAAGAAAUCUUCGAAGAUGCUUAUGAAAGAUGUAGAACUACUCCAAUGCAAGGUGUUGGUUUUACUGUUGAUGAUUUUCAUGCUGCUCUUGAAAAGUAUGAUUAUAAUUCUGAGAUUGGUACCAGGGUUAAAGGAACUGUGUUCUGUACAGACAACAACGGAGCAUUAGUUGACAUCACGGCCAAAUCUUCAGCCUAUUUACCAAUCCAAGAGGCAUGUAUUCACAAAAUAAAGCAUGUAGAAGAAGCAGGAAUAGUUGCAGGCCUACGUGAAGAGUUUGUGAUUAUUGGAGAGAACCAAGCUGAUGAUAGCUUGAUCUUGAGUUUGCGUUCAAUCCAAUUUGACCUCGCAUGGGAACGGUGUAGACAACUUCAGGCAGAGGAUGUCGUCCUCAAGGGUAAGGUUGUUGGUGGAAACAAAGGUGGUGUGGUGGCAAUUGUCGAAGGCCUUCGUGGUUUUAUUCCAUUCUCACAAAUAUCUUCAAAAUCAACCGCGGAAGAUCUCAUUGAUAAGGAGCUUCCUCUGAAAUUUGUGGAAGUUGAUGAGGAGCAGUCUAGACUUGUCCUCAGUAAUCGCAAGGCCAUGGCAGACAGCCAGGCACAGCUUGGUAUUGGAUCAGUUGUCACUGGAACAGUACAGAGUCUUAAGCCAUAUGGUGCUUUCAUCGACAUUGGUGGAAUCAAUGGUCUUCUUCAUGUUAGUCAAAUUAGUCAUGAUCGUGUCUCGGAUAUUGCAACAGUUCUUCAACCCGGUGACACUCUAAAGGUGAUGAUAUUGAGUCACGACCGUGAGAGAGGCCGAGUCAGUCUAUCCACCAAAAAGCUAGAGCCUACUCCAGGAGAUAUGAUCCGUAACCCCAAGCUUGUUUUCGAGAAGGCUGAAGAAAUGGCUCAGACAUUCAGGCAGAGAAUAGCUCAAGCAGAAGCUAUGGCCCGUGCAGACAUGCUGAGAUUCCAACCCGAGAGUGGAUUGACUCUAAGCUCAGACGGCAUCUUAGGUCCCCUGACGCCAGACUUGCCUGCUGAAGGUCUAGAUUUGAGCGACAUUCCUGCAGCUGAUGAUGCAUAGAAACCAAUAAGUAUGAAUUAAAUCUGUCUUGAUGUUUCUUCUCAUCACCAUUUUUAGGCUAUGUAAGAUGGGUCUAUAGGUUGUUCAAAGUGUUGACUUCUGUAUUUAUCUUGAUAGUUCAAAGUGUACUUCUUUAAGCGAUAAUCAUUGAAAAGAAAAAAUGGAGAAGGUAAAAGAUAAAAAUAUCCAAUGUAUUCUUUCUUUUGUUUA